CAAAUCUUACACUAGCCAGCACGAAGGAGAGGAAUCAGAAAAAAAAAAAAGGUAAAAAAAAAAUUUAUUUAGCUCUCCCUCUCUCACAGAGAGAGUUGGCAUAGAGCAAAUGGAGUAGAAAAGCUGACGAUAGAUUUUCUCGAGAAUAUGACAGAAAGGAAAAAGUAAAGAGACUGAGCUUCAAGGCCCUUUCUUUAGCACUUAAACAUUCGUAAUCCCGUGCGUCAGCCCAUUUUAUAAAUCUGCUUGUAUUUAUAGAAAAACAAAAUUCAUCAAUAUAAAGAUUUUGCAGUGCCAAGGGUUUCAUUGUCCCUGGCAAGCUCAUUGAGGGGGACAAAUAAAUUCAGUAUUGAUUAGGAGCAAAAUUUACAGAAAGUUGGAAACUUCAAUUUUCCAACAGAUGCUUUCAUGCCUUUUAAGUCAGUUGUCAAACUUAGAUGGAUGCUACUUCUUCUGAAUCACAUAGCAAAACACAAAUUGACCAAUACCCCUUGUUGAUGGAACAAAUGGAUAGCCAUAAUGAUCAUGAGCACAUAAUUGAUUUAACAAGAAAUGAUGAUGCUUCAUCAAGUUCAUCUCAUGAUGGUCGGCCUCCUGAACUUGGCUUACCUCAGCAUGAAGAUAGAUCAUCAGUUAGUGCAAGUGGCCCAACCGAUCAAACUUCUUCAUCUUCCUUAAAUGGAUUAAACUCUAGUAAUUCAACAUUUACAAGGAGAAGUGAUGGGUAUGAACGUCGGCGCAGGAGCCCAUUGAACUCUGGGUUAUGGAUUUCCAUUGAGCUAUUUGUCACUGUGAGUCAGAUUACAGCCUCUGUUGUUGUUUUGUCAUUGUCAAGAGAUGAAAAACCUCAAGCCCCAUUAUUUGCAUGGGUUGUGGGUUAUGCAUCUGGUUGUGUUGCAACACUUCCCAUUCUUUACUGGCGUUUUCGUACCCGCUACCAGAGUGGCCAACAAGAUUCUGUUCAGUUGCAUCAAGGCUCUUCGCAAGACAAUCCUCCUGACUCGUCCUAUACAGCCAUUUCUGUUACUCAAGCUUCGGAUGAGGAGAACUUUCACUCUACAGAAUCAACCGCAAUAAAUGGUCAAGCUCUGAGACCAGUAGGUGCACGGCUCAAUGGAUUAAUGGACCAUCUCAAGAUGGCUUUGGAUUGCUUCUUUGCAGUGUGGUUUGUUGUGGGCAAUGUCUGGAUAUUUGGAGGUCAUUCCAGUCCCACUGAUGCUCCCAAAUUGUACAAAUUAUGUAUAGUGUUCCUUACUUUUAGCUGUAUAGGGUAUGCCAUGCCAUUCAUACUAUGUGCAACAAUUUGUUGCUGCUUGCCUUGCAUAAUCUCUCUCCUUGGAAUUCGAGAGGAUUUUUCUCAAAAUAGAGGAGCCACCGUAGAAUCAAUCAAUAGUUUGCCAACCUACAAGUUCAAGCUACAUAAAAGUGAGAAUCCCAAUGAUAAUGAUGACUCAGGGACUGGUGAUGGUGGUGUCUUGGCUGCAGGGACUGAAAAGGAGCGUGCAAUAUCAGCAGAAGAUGCGGUAUGCUGUAUUUGCUUGAAUAAAUAUGUGGACGAUGAUGAGCUGAGGGAACUACAUUGCUCCCAUUUCUUCCAUGUGGAGUGUGUGGACAAGUGGUUGAAGAUCAAUGCGUCAUGUCCCCUGUGUAAAAGUGAGCUUGGUGAGAGUAGUGGCGCUCCAUCAUUAGCCAGAGACUCCCAACACUAAGAGCAAGAAGAUUGAGCAGACAUUGGAUUUUUGCAUUCCUGGGGUAGAUACCUCAGGCGCACUCGUCCUCAACAAAUUAAAUUUUGUUUCACUGAUGUAAAAGGCACCAGCAGGGUUUUUUUGGCCCCAGCAUUGGCUUUGAACUCUAUUUUAAUUGUUUGUAAUUGCAAUACAGGACAAGGAAGCAUCUUGCUUUUCGACCUGAAUUAGGCCCUUCUCUUCUCUGGGGGAAAUAAAGAUGUUCCUGUCUUUUCAA